AAGUCAAAGUCCAAGUCAAAGUCUUCAUCUACAUUGGAUCAACACUUGAUCAUCGUGUCUCUCUCUUCAUCCUACAAAUUCAUGGUGGAAAUACCACCGGAAAACCCUAACCAUGAUCGCCUUCAACCCCUUUCUGCAAUUCCUCUUGUCAUCAACAAUCAUCUUUUCCCUUUCCUCCUCCUCCGCCACCGCCGCUGAUAUUCUACCAGGCCAAUCUCUCUCCGCCGCAAACCCCAACCAAAGUUGGAACUCACCUAGUAAUACCUUCUCUCUUAGCUUCAUCUCUGAAUCCCGCGACACCAACUUCGUUGCCAUCAUCUACAAUGGCAUAUCACUCUGGAAAGCCGGUGGAGAUGCCGGCGUCGCUGACUCCACCGCCUCCCUCACCUUCCUUUCCGAUGGCAACCUUCGUCUCGUCAAUGGAUCCUCCGGCUCCGUCGUCUGGCAGUCCAAUACCGCCGGUCGUGGCGUCACCACAGCUUCUCUUGAUGAUUCAGGUAAUUUGGUCCUCCGAAAUGGGUCCGUUUCUGUAUGGUCCACAUUUGAAAAUCCCUCCGAUACGAUACUUCCCAACCAGAAUUUCACAGUGAAUAACGUUUUGCGUUCUGGAUUAUACUCGUUUCGAUUGAUUGAUUCUGGGAAUUUAACUCUUAGAUGGAAUGAUUCGAUUGUGUAUUGGACUUUAGGGUUGAACUCAUCGGUUAAUGCUAACCUAACUUCACCAAGUUUAGGUCUACAAUCAAUUGGGAUUCUAUCACUUUCAGACCCUAUGCUUCCCACCUCUGUAAUUAUGGCUUACAGUAGUGAUUAUGCUGAAGGUCCUGAUAUAUUUAGGUUCACCAAGUUAGAUAACGAUGGCAAUUUGAGGAUUUACAGCUCCUCCAUGGGUACUGUUGGUGCUCAAAAUGUGAGAUGGGCUGCUGUUAGUGAUCAAUGCGAGGUAUUCGGUUAUUGUGGUAAUUUGGGUAUCUGUAGCUAUAACGGUUCGGAUCCGGUUUGCGGUUGUCCGUCGCAGAAUUUCGAUGCAAUUGAUCCAAACGAUGGCCGAAAAGGUUGUCGGAGGAAGGUGGAGAUUCAGAAUUGCCCCGGUAGCGCCACCAUGUUAGAAUUGGAUAAUUCUAAGUUCUUAACUUACCCACCGGAAUUGACUUCGCAGGUGUUCUUCGUGGGUAUUUCCGCUUGCCGGUUGAAUUGUCUCGUUAGUGGUUCUUGCAUUGCUUCCACCUCGUUAUCGGAUGGAACGGGUUUGUGUUACUUGAAAGUCCCGAGCUUUGUGAGCGGGUAUCAAUCGCCUGCGCUUCCAAGCACAUCAUAUCUCAAGGUCUGUGGACCUGUGACCCCGAAUCCCUCAGUGACUUCCGAAAAGGGCACCCGAUGGAAACUACGACCAUGGGUCGUGGUGGUCGUGGUUAUUGGUACGCUUUUCGGUUUGGUUAUGGCGGAAUUCAGUUUAUGGUGGUGGUGUUGUCGAAACAGCCCGAAACUUGGUGUAUUAUCGGCUCAAUAUGCACUUCUCGAAUAUGCCUCAGGUGCACCGGUCCAGUUCUCGUACAAGGACCUCCAACGGGCCACAAAAGGGUUCAAGGAGAAGCUUGGAGCCGGUGGGUUCGGUGCGGUCUAUAAAGGGGUUCUAGCAAACCGAACGGUGGUUGCCGUGAAACAACUAGAGGGGAUCGAGCAAGGCGAGAAACAGUUCCGGAUGGAGGUUGCAACCAUCAGUAGCACCCACCAUUUGAAUUUGGUGAGACUGAUCGGGUUUUGUUCCGAGGGUCGGCACCGGCUUUUAGUCUACGAGUUCAUGAAAAACAGUUCGCUCGACAACUUCCUCUUUACUGCCGAAGAACAAUCCGGAAAGAUGUUGAACUGGGAGAGUCGGUUCAAUGUCGCUCUCGGGACGGCCCGGGGGAUCACGUACCUUCACGAGGAAUGCCGAGACUGUAUCGUCCACUGUGAUAUAAAACCCGAAAACAUCCUGUUGGAUGAGAAUUACAAUGCCAAGGUUUCGGAUUUCGGGCUCGCAAAACUUGUGAACCCGAAAGACCAUAGGUACCGGACGUUAACGAGCGUGAGAGGGACUCGAGGAUAUUUGGCUCCCGAAUGGCUUGCAAACCUCCCGAUCACAUCCAAAUCAGAUGUAUACAGUUACGGGAUGGUGUUGUUAGAGAUUGUAUGCGGAAGACGGAAUUUCGAAGUCUCAGAAUACACCAACAGGAAAAAGUUUUCGAGCUGGGCAUACGAAGAGUUCAACAAAGGAAACAUCAAAGAGAUUAUCGACAAAAAGAUCGUAAACCAUGACCAGAUCGAUAUAGAUCAGGUUCGGAGAGUGAUCGAAACGAGCUUUUGGUGCAUUCAAGAGCAACCGUCUCAGAGGCCGAUGAUGGGAAAAGUUGUUCAGAUGUUGGAAGGGGUGACAGAGAUGGAGAGGCCGCCGGAUCCUAAGACGGGCUCCACCAUCGAAGGUUCGGUUGCUGGGACUAGCGUGAACCUGAGUAGCAGUGUCUCCACCUCUACACCGUCGUCUAUGCCGCCUCCCUCAUCAUCAUCGUCCCUCCAAACUCUGAGAGGGUCUUCGUUUACUUCGGGGAUGAACAUCGAGAGGGCAUCGUCAUCGCUAUUGAAUUCGGUUACGAUGUGAAACGGUCGGUUUUCGGUUAUGGUAUGAUGUUUAGAUACAAGUUUGUGUACGUAUUAUUAUGGAAGUCAUAUGUAAGUAGUAAUGUUAUUAUUGUAUGUGCCUCAAAUAUGCUUUGAUCUCAGCUUUAUAAUUUGAUGUCAGCUGGGUUUUUGCAUAUACCAUAUAACGAGUUAAAACAAGUUU